AUGAGGCUGGUGAAGGACCGCGGGCGUAUGGAGCAGUUGGCGGCGGGCGGAGGACAGGCGGCGUCCAGGCUGCGGGACGUGGAGAUGGAGGAGAUGAUGGAGGAGCUGCAGGACAAAGUGCGGAGUCUGCAGUCGGAGAACGAGGGGCUGAAACAGCGCCUCCUUGUGGCCAAGCAGCAGAUCAUCAGCUCUCAGAGCGGGAGGCCCAUGCCGUACGGCCGCGUCCAGUCACGAGUCAACUCGGGGUUAAAGAAGCUGCGAGACGGCGCGUCCUCCCCGUCUCACACACGGCCAAAAAGUACCCGUAGUUUGGAGGGCGGUGGGAGACCUCCGACCGGCCUCUUACCGCGGUUUGGACACAGCCUGCUGGAGGAGGCACGGGCCGAGAUCCGCAACCUGGAAAACGUGAUCGAGCUCCAGCGGAGCCACAUGGAGGAGGUGGAGGGAGCGUCGGAGCUGCUGAGGGAGGAGCUGAGGAGGAAGGAGGCGGAAUAUGAGGAGAGACUCCUGCAGGUCCGACAGCAGCAGACGUCCAGCCUGAG